AUGUAUCAAGAUCUCAGCCUCGAGCGCCGCGGAGACGUUUUCAUUCUCACUCUUCAGAAGCCACCAGAGAACCGUCUCACAUCGCAAUUCUGCCAAGAGAUCAUCCGGGCUCUUAACAAUGUCCGCAAGGAACUAGGCCCUGACGCGCCUGGCGCUGUCAUCAUUAGAGGCAACGAUGCCAAAUUCUUUUGCACGGGAUUGGAUCUACACGAACGAGAUACGAACCCACAUGCCAGCUCCGAGGGAUUCUAUCCGCUUGUCGCAACUCUCCUGGACUUCCCGUUCCCAACUAUCUGCCUCAUUACUGGGCACACAUUCGGAGGCGCCUCUGUCAUGACAUUAGCACAUGAUUAUCGCAUCAUGAACAGCACCCGAGGGUACUGGUGUAUGCCUGUAGCUGAACUGGGCCUGCAUUUCGACGGAAUGGGUGCUUUGCUGAGAGCCAAGUUGAGACCACAGACAGCCAGGAAGGUUAUUCUUCAGGGCCAUAGGUUUACCUCCAGUGAGGCAUUGGCGGAUGGCGUUGUGGAUGAGAUUGCCCCACCGGAAGAAAUGUUGGAUCGUGCUCUGGAGCUCGCUGAUAAGGUCAAGUCGAAGGCAAAGAUGGGGGUUUACGGAUUGCUGAGGGGAGAGCUCUAUGGGGAGGCGCUGAGGGCGUUUCAGCAGAUUAGUUAUGUUCAUUCUCGUCUUAAUUCGCGCCCGGCAAAGGUUAAGCUGUAG